AUGAGUGUUCACGACUCAAAACAGCUCCUGGCAUACACACCUAUGUUUCAUUCUCGCAUAUUCAAUGAGACGCAAAAUUUUCGAGAUCGACAUUUUCAGCCCUUGCGGGAUGAUUCGACGGCAGCAGAGCUUGGAAAAGAUCCCUACUUAGAUGGAAAUCCUCAGACUGAUCGCCCUCUCUUCGUUCAGUUUUGUGCAAACGAUCCGGAUGCACUUCUAGAAGCUGCUCAAUACGUCCAACCCUAUUGCGAUGCAGUUGAUCUGAAUCUUGGCUGCCCCCAAGGAAUAGCAAGGAGGGGAAGUUACGGUGCCUUCUUACAAGAAGACUGGGGUCUCAUACAUACGCUCAUACACAAGCUUCACAUCGAAUUAGACGUGCCUGUUACAGCCAAAAUAAGGUUAUUGGAAUCAAAGGAGAAGACACUUGACUAUGCAAAGAUGAUUUUGUCUGCGGGAGCAAGUAUCAUAACGGUACAUGGAAGACAGCGGGAUCAAAAAGGACACAAGACGGGCCUUGCAGAUUGGUCUGUGCUUCGCUUCUUGCGAGACCACCUUCCUUCAGAGACAGUACUCUUCGCCAAUGGCAACAUCUUGCAGCGUGAUGAUAUUCAGACUUGUCUUGAUGCCACUGGCUUUGAUGCUGUUAUGAGUGCAGAAGGUAACUUGUAUGACCCCACCAUAUUUGCUUCUCCACCUGUAUCAAGCAAAGAGGACCGGGAGUAUUGGUAUGGGCGCAACGGAAAGGGUGGCUACAGAAUGGACGCUGUCUUCAGACGCUACAUGGACAUCAUAUACAAAUACGUUUUGGAAAAGCCACCACCUGCAAGAGAACCCCUUGCUCUGCCGGCUGACCCUCAAGACCUGGCUGUGAGAUCUCUAGAUGCCUUUUUGGAGCCCGACGAUGAUGGUCAGCCGCCGGAAAAGAAGCGAAAAAAGGAUCGUGAGGCGGGGAAACCCAAUUCACCCAACCUGCUAGCCAUGCAACCUCAUUUAUUUCAUCUCCUACGACCGCUAGUCACCAAGCAUACCAAAGUCCGAGACGCGCUUGCAAAGUGUCGCGCAGGUGACAUACAGGCUUUUGAAAACGUUCUCAAAAUGGUUACAGUCGUAGUCCGAGAAGGUCUCCUGGACUACGAAGCUGACCCAGCAAAGUAUGAUGAAACCCUCCCAUUGGAUGAGAAAGCGCUCAAAGAAGCCGAAAUAUGCGAUGAGAGCUCUCUAGCGACUGUUGGGAGAUGCAGGAGACCAUGGUGGAUUUGCCAGCCCUACGUGAGACCUUUACCGAAGGAAGCACUGGCCAAGGGCAGCUUGACGAUGAGUAAGCAGGAAAAACGGAAACUAGAGCAGGAGGCUUCUUUGCCAAAGUCUGAGAAGGCUGUCAGCAAGUCUGAACGCGAGAAGAUGGAUGAAAAUGAUGGCUUGGCGGAGAGAGAGAUGCCUAAGCAAGCUAUGGUCGCUGGAUAA